AUGCGGCGCGUCGUCUUCACAGGGAAGGCGCUAUUACCACCGCUCCUCGCGGCGGCGCUUUUAUUGUCGCUGUGUUACGCGGCGGCUCUUGUGGGAAUUUCCGCUGCAGCGGCACAUCCGCCGAUCAUUCCCCGUGAGCUCCGCCGCCUGCCCGACACCGCAGGGAUUUUGCGCGCUAUCUUCCGCGGAUCCACAACUUCCGGAGUCUUUUCAUUGCCCCGACGCACGAACCGCACAGGGACACCGCCAGGUGGUCGGGGGAUACGCGAUGGCCCGAUCUGUGAUAAACGAUCGGCAGAGGGCGGCGCUGUGCGGGGAUAUGCGGCGCUGUGCGGUGACGAGGCCGCGGUAGAGGCAGCGGAGAGGGAUGAGGCGGAAGAGGAGAGGUGGAAGGAACUGGCGGAGGACGUGGGGCCGGGCGAUGGCGAAGGGGAAGGGGAAGGGGAAGGGGAAAAUCCACUUCCCUCUGUGCCGUCCGGGCACCAGCAGUGGCAGCAGCAGGUGCAGCGGCGCGCGCAGAAACACGCACGGACUGCGAGCCUUCAGUUCAAGCAGCAGCAGCAAGGAGUGCAGCAGUGGGGGGCGCAGGGGGGGAAGCAGCAGAAGCCGGGAGAGGCGCCGGAGUGGGCAAAGCGGGAGCAGCAGCGGUGGGAGCGGGACCAACGGCCGCAGACGGCGGAGGAGAUUGCGAUGCAGGAGGAGCACUGGCGGCAGCAGCAAGGGCUAGUUAAGACCAGGCUGCGGCAGUGGCAGCAGCAGGCGAAACGGAUGAAUCAAGUGACUAAAGCCAAGGAGGCGGUGUGGGCGGCAGAGGCGAGGAGCAAAUGGGCGGCAGCGGCGCAGGGGCGGGAGAGGGCGGAAGGGACGCCAGGGACGGCAGGGGUGGCAGGGCGGUUUGCUGUGAUGACAGAAGACGACAUGGAUGACAUGAUGCCGGGCGGCACACUCUCCUGGCAGCGCCUGAAAGCCACCGCCACUGCCGCCCACCCCAACACUCCCAACAAUCUCAAGGCCACCAUCGCCUCCGUCAAUCCCAAGGGAGCCGUCACUCCCAAGGGGGCAGCAAAGCCAUGCUCCCCGCGGCACAGCAGCCCGGUGAUCAAAGUCUACUCAGUGUCCGACAUCGCUAAGCGCACGCGAUACCCUCCCCGGCAGACCGUCACGCUCGUGCUCUACCGCUCGCUCUCCCUCUCCCGCGGGCUCCUCUUCGGGACCAACUUCUCCUGCACCAUCUUCCGGUCCCGCUCGCUGCCCUCGCGCCACUCCAUCUCCCUCUCCCGCUCCGAUGAGCCCGUGCUAAGAGUGCACAACGCCAGCAACGUCCUGUUCAUCGGCAUCGCCCUGCGCAGCGCCGUGCGCAACUCCUCGCCCUUCUGCGAGGUGCUGCCCGAAUACGGCAGCCUGAUGGGGUUUGAAAUCAUCUGCCCGGCUCUCCACAUCUACCGCUCGUUCGGGAUUCAGUUCACGCAGGCUUCCGUGCUCGGGCGAAUCGACGUCUUCCGAUCCGGAUACACAAAGCUGGACUCUCUCUUUGUAACCGCCCCUGGGACGUACGAGAGGUCACCGGGAGUGAUCCGCAUGGGCAUGUGCGGGCUCGGCAUGACUCUGGUUUCCUCCAAGAAUGUGAUCACCAAUAAUGAUGUCUUUGGCGCGUGGGAGCUGAUUAACCUCUACCGUGGGUCGAUCGGCGUGAAGGUGCAUAAUAAUUUCCUGCAUGAUUAUUUGUUUGCGGGGUUCCGGUGCGGCGCUGACGUGCACUACUCGUGGGACUGCAUGCUGACGUCAGUGAAGAACAACUUUGUCUUCACGCCUCAGUCCAAGGGCCGCCUGACGUUUGACUCGGCCGGGAUUUAUUUCUGCACUCACUGGUUCAACCCUGGCAGCACAGUGGCCUGCAAUUAUGUGAUAGGCGGGGACCACUGCUACUACCUGGACUACUGCACAUCAGGAGUGGACAUCACAGGGGGCGUGUGUGCGCAGCUGUGGGACGGAGUGAAGCUGAACAACGGCAAGCGCAACAAGAUCCGCAGCCUGCUCAUGCUAUGGCCGUGGAUGAAGCAUGUGUGCAGGCAGACACGCAUCGGCACGCAGUCCUGCAACCCCGCAGGUCACAAAGCUCUCACCUCCAAGCAGACCGGCGCAUGCAGCGGCCUGCCCACCGAAAACGACGUCGAGCUCAUCGCAGUAGAUGCCGACACAAGCCGCCCGGACGAGUACCGGUACUGCGGGCGGGUGCCUGCCGCCCGGAAGGUGAACCGGCAGGUGCUCUACAGGAUGGCUCUGGCAGCGAGCAUGCCAUCCACUGCAGCGCUCACGAUGCCCCCCGCGUACCCCGCCCCCUCGCCUAUCGGGUACAGCCCCGGCAGCGACACACUCUCACAGCUCUCUGCCCCUCGCUCCACACGCACUGGACAACUCGUGCGCGUCUGGUGGGAUAAAGAGGAGGAUGGGAUGGUGUGGAUGAUGCCGUGUUGGGUUUGUGGAGAUGAUACAGCAGGGAGAGGAGGCGUGGGGGGCAUAGAGCAGCCAUGCCACGUAGCAGAUUGA